UAGAAUCACUUUUGGAUGGUUCUGAUAGUGGAAAGAUUUGCUGUUUUCAUAUAUUUCAUAUUCAAAGCUCUAUACACUUGAGAGAUGCUUUCUGCAAUUUUUUUUAUCUUUCGGUUACUGAGAAUAAUCUCGUUGUCUUCUGCUUACUAGUUGGCAUAGAUAUAUAUAUAGAGAGAGAGACCUGUUUUUUGGAAGAUUGAUCAUGGCUGGUGAGAAACGAUCAGAUUGUAGUAAAACUGCUAAACAAGAUAUGGUCACAAGAAAAAGUGGUAAUCCAUCAGGUGUUGUUACUUCUGGUGUCAAAGGUGGAAUUCAGAAAGUGUCUGUUCAAGAACAGGGGGCUUGUUAUCUUCCAACUAGCUAUUGUGAUUACUACUACCCAGGUUAUAAUGGGAAUUUCACACAGUUUGAUGACCAGGGGUAUAUAAGUGCUGGGGGUGGUCAAUAUGCUGGUUAUCAGCCUGAUGAUAGCUCAAUGCUAUAUUAUAUUCCGGCAUAUAUUCCUUAUACAGGGCCUUUUGUCGGUUUUGAUGGCCAGCAACCGCCAUAUUAUUGUCAGCAUCCUGUUUCUUAUGGAUCAUGGAAUCCAACAUAUGCUACAGACUUUUCAUAUGGAACAUCAGCUGGAAAGAAUACUUCAGUGAAAUCUAACGGUUACAACUCAGUUAAGUCGAGUAACACUACUAUUGCUACCAAAAUUUCGACCACACCAUUUGAAUCGAAAUCACGACAGUCUUCUCAGUUCCCGUCUAGUUUCAACAAAUCUAUGCUCCAUAGCCAACAUCAUCAACCGCUAAGGAAUUGGAGCAAGAUUAGUUCCGGUUACCCAUCAGCGGGGCAAGGGAUCUUUGUACAAAACAGUUCAACGAAUUACAGACCGAACCAUAAAGUUUGGAAUAGCAACAACAGAUAUAAGCCGAGAGAUGUAAACGGACAGUUCGAAUCCUCGGCGGAAUUAACUCGUGGUCCUCGGGUUCAGAUUAAUAGCAAUCCACCAAACAUGACAUUAGAGGAUAGCACAAUUGGGCUUUCGGGUUCUAUCCAGAGAGACAAAUAUAACUUGCAAGAUUUUGAGACUGAUUACAUCGAUGCAAGAUUCUACGUAAUCAAGUCGUACAGUGAAGAUGACGUUCAUAAGUGUAUCAAGUACGAUGUUUGGUCGAGUACACCGAAUGGAAAUAAGAAGUUAGACACUGCUUUUGAUGAAUCUGAAGCUAAAAUGAACAAAGCCCGGACCAAAUGCCCCAUCUUCCUCUUUUUCUCUGUGAACGGGAGUGGACAAUUUGUCGGUGUUGCUGAGAUGACGGGACAAGUUGAUUUUAAUAAGAACAUGGAUUUCUGGCAGCUUGAUAAAUGGAACGGUUUCUUCCCCGUCAAGUGGCAUAUUGUUAAGGAUGUUCCCAACGCUCAACUCAGGCAUAUCAUCCUUGAAAACAACGAGAAUAAGGAUGUAACUUACAGUCGAGACACACAAGAGAUUGGACUUAAACAAGGUCUAGAAAUGUUGAAGAUAUUUAAGAACUAUGAAGCAAAGACAUCGCUACUAGAUGACGUGACAUUCUAUGAGAAUCGACAAAAGUUGCAAAAUGCCAAAGGAAAGAGUAGCAAGAAUGUGGCUCCUGUUGUUGAACUUGUGAAAAACCUGUCUCUUAAUCCUCAACCGCCAAAGGGCUCUGGUACACUUUUGUAAAUCAAAAUGAGAGCCCUUUAUCAGUUCCAAAAUUUUAGAGUAGCAGGGCAGAGGUUAGUUUUAUGGAUCGAAGUCUGUUAUUUCUAUCUCUAUGUUUGGUUGUCACAAAAAGGAAAAAAAGAAUAGUUUUGUAUUAACUAGUUCUUAUGAUUUGUUUUGUUUGUUGGGUUUUCAGUUGAUUUGAUCAAACCAUGUUUUGCUUCUGUUUUUCUUUAUAAGAUUUGCUGUUUGUUUUGUUGGCUUAU